UCCCUUUUUCUUUCAUUCGGAUCCUUCGUGUUCAUCCCCACCUCGCAAACGUCGAUUCCCCAGAAUCACUCUGGCAAUCACCACCAUCGUACUACACCGAGACCCUGCUGCAUGAGCUUCUCUACAACUUCGUAGUCGACUUUGGUCUCGGGUGCCAACAAGAUCUCACUACCAAACCACUAAUAUCUUCUUACCUCAUAAAACUCACAAUGGUCAACUUGUUCAGGGCCCGUCGAAAGUCUGCUGGAAACAUCCUUGAUGAAGUAGAAAACGAGAAGCUUGGAACCAGCCCCGAAGCCCCCGCGGCUGGCAGCUCUGCCUUCAAAGUGCUGAGCCAGACCGAGAUCGCAGCGAAGAAGGAGCUUGCCAUUAGGAAGCAGCAUGAGAAGGAAAAGUCCAAGUUCGGACGGUUCAGUGGCUUUGGAGGCACAGGCAACAAGAGCCGCCAACAGUCGCUAGACGAUGAGUCUCCUGGUUCUUCCAAGCGUGACAGCGAUAGUAAGUCUAGCAGUGGCACCCAAUCCUCUAGCAAUCGCCCAUACCAUACAGGCCAAUUCGGCUCGACCUCGACCUUGCCGUCCUCGGCUGACACCGAUCCUAACGAUAACAUGUUCGCGAAUCUUCCUCCGCGCCCGACUGUCGCACAACACAAUAGUUCACCGAGCGGUUUCUCCAUAUCUGGGAUGAAGAAGGCACUGCCGCAAAUUCCACAUAGCAAGACGCAUGAUGUUUCUUCCCGAUACUAUGGGGCCGCCGACGGGCCAGUGUCACAGAACAUGGGUGAUGGGCGUCCCCGAGCUAUGACGACCUCAAGUUACGCAAGCACGGCCAUUCCUCCUAAACUCGAUUCGGACCUUAAUUUCGGUAGUGGUUUUGAUGAUCUUUUCAGCGGUCUGGACAAGAGACGCGAUUCACCAGACUUCAUGGAUAACUCACCAGGCCGCUCGCUGCUCGCUGGAAAGCGUGUGGGCCAGCCAGAACCCAUCGACAUCAAUCGAAAGCUAGAGGUCGAGCCUGCGCUGGCGUCAUGGGACAGUCGUGGCUCCGGCGAUAAUCUCAUACCUUCGCCAACUGAGGACAAUGAGGACAACAACACUCCACCGCCCGUUCCUCCGCACAAGUAUGCACCGAUCACCUCGCGAAGCCCAGGUCUUGGUGGGGCACCGUUCCAAGAUGCUGGUGCAAGCGUUCGCGAGUCAACGACGCUUCAAAAGUCGCUGAAUCAGCCGGAGUCCGAGCAGAAAAACUACUCCUUCACCUCGUCCACCCCGUCCCUACAAACUCCCCUUUCAUCUCGAACCGGAUCCGACAGCGCGACACCAAAAGCUGCCCUCCGCACCACUCCUUUGACCCACAUUGACCAUAACGACGACGACAACCUGUUCACUCCUUCUCCUCCCAAGGAGACCCCGGUUCGAAAAACCAUCAACGCCGCCAUGAAGGACACUGUUCCGGCAGCGCCGCAAAGUGCAUCGGUGGGACCAGGCCGUAAGGUGAUGACGGCUGCCGAGUUCCAAGCGCACAAGACACAACAAAUGGCCCGGCCUGCAGACGAUUCAUCAGAUAGUGAGGAUUAUGAGGAUGAGGAAGAUGCAAUUAGACAACGCGAGGAGGAGGAGCUUCGGAUGAGGAAAAAGCAACAACAGAUGCAAAUUGCUCGCGAGGCAUUGCGUCGGUCAACUACCGCUCCAAUCCCGUCGAACGUCUCGAAUAGACCCGAAAGUUUUGUUGGUGGUGCCACGGGUUUUCCGUCCGAGGCCUCCCUCCAAGCCGAUCAAUGGGACGAUGAAGAUGUUCCCCUAGGGAUGCUUGCCCAGCAUCUACCCGUAAAGCAGAACCUACCCCUUUCUCAGAAUCCCACUCCAUCCUACCUCCCCGACCGUCCCGCGUCCGCAGGCGCCGCGAGCAACCGUGCUUCCCAGGCUUAUCGGCCCGUAUUCGCCCGAAAUUUGCCAGAGGAUCCGUAUUUGUCACAAUUCGUCGGGGGAGGGCUGGUCCGCCAGGGCAACCGAGAGUCUAUGGGCUUCAAUCGUGCUGCGUCUGUGUAUGGCGAGCCAGUUGGUGGCAGCAUGCCCUACGCUGAUGCCCCCCAAUUCCCAACUUUGGUAGGCCAGAUACAGAUGCGUGAAAGCGCAAAGCCGAAGUACCUCGGCGGUGCCUCUAGCAAGAUCCCAACUGAAGGGCCUUUCACUGGUGCUUUGGGUGCCCAAAUGAACGGCAUGAACCAGCCAGCCACUCGCAUGUCGCAAAUGCCAAUGCAGCAGGGUAUGGGAAUGAUGAAUAUGAUGAACGGUGGCAUGAUGGGUAUGGGUAUGGGCCAGGGCAUGUCGUACCCCAUGCAGAACCAGUCCUCACUCAUGCAAGACCCGCAGUACCAGCAGAUGCAGCAGAUGAUCAUGGCGCAGCAGAGUAUGCUGAUGCAAAUGCAAGCACAACAGGCCGGCAUGUUUGGACAACAGAUGCCUCAAGAUCCCCGCAUGUCGAUGUUCCCUCAGCAGAUGCAAGGAUUCCAGAACCCCAGUUUUGCAAACAACAGUACACCAAAUCUGGGAAGUUUGAUGCAGAACCAACGACCAAUGUCUAUAAUGUCUGGAUUCGGUAAUCAGCAACCACUACAACAAUCUCGUCCAUACUCGGCGGUAGUACCUGGCGCUGCCCAAGGCCCAGGCCAAUUCCCUCAACAUCUCGGCCCUGGACCUGGCUAUACGGCAUCGAUUGCGCCCUCUGAACGAUCCAAUAUCGGCAUGUCCAGUCGCUAUCGUCCGGUAACGACAGGAAAUGGCAUGCAAGAUCACAUGUCUAGUGUCUCAUCUCAGACUCUUCAGCCUCCUUCUGCCAACGUUGCCGACCCCAGGAAGGUAAAGGGCAUCCUCAAGAACAAGGUCAACACGCAAGUCAGUCCAGUACGCGAAGAUGACGAAGAAGACUGGAGCAAGCUGAGGGAACGAAAGAACAAAUUCGCUUCCAACACGGGUGGUGGUGCAAAGGAUAACACUUCUGCUACUUCUGCAUUCGACGAGUUUGAUGCGCGUGUCGUCUUUUAACAUACCCUUUCAAACUUACCUGACUUAUUCGCUCUUUCACCGUCAGGUCCGGCUGUUUGGAUAUUCCAUUUUCCCAGAGAAAGAUGUGGAUUUUGACAACAGAGAAAUUCAGGGGGAGAGAAGGGUCGGAACACAAUUU